AUCUUGAAUGUUUAAAACAUUACUACAAUGACAAAUAUGGAUUAAAUGCAAAAAUCAUUAAUUACGUUGAGGGUAACCUUGAGAUAUGUGCUUCAUUGAGCACUAUACUGAUUCUACGCAAGCGUACGUGUAUGGUAACUGUACUGAUUCUAUGCGAGCGUAUGUGUAUGGUAACUGUACUGAUUCUACGUGAGCGUAUGUGUAUGGUAACUGUACUGAUUCUACGCAAGCGUACGUGUAUGGUAACUGUACUGUCAAAUGAGUAUUGUUAUGGAAAGUUUGAGGGCAAAUUACAUUCAUCAAAUUCAGUCAAGGUUGAAAAUUCCAUGCAAAAACGAAAGCAUGUCAAAUUUACUAUUGAAGAACCUGAAGAUGAAAACUCGAAUGAGUCAAAAAAUUCAGGGGAGAAAGAUAUUAACAAGAAUGUAGAUUGGAAAAAGUGGUUAGAGAAUGUUCUAGAGAGGAAAUCAGGCAUCAACAAAAUAAUUGAUGUUCUCAGACAUGUUAUGUCUAUCGAUGAAAUUGAACGAGACUGGAUAGUUAACAAAAUAUCUCUGCUAUUUACAUUCCUACAAGCAACCUUUACAAAUAAAAUACUAUUCCAUUGGAUUGAACAUAAUAUCGAGCCUACACAUGAACGUCUUGUCGCUGAAAAUAACAGUUCAAAGAAAGGAAGAAUGAAAGCGGACAUAGUAGGAGUUCGUCUGUCAGACGGCUGUCAGGUUGUGUUCCUAGAAAUGAGCGGUGCACCAACUGACUUCUUAAACACUCAUACU